CAAAUAUAUCUAAUUCCUACUUGCCACAAAUAAUGGGAAGAGUGAAUGGAUGGCUCCUGUGUCAUUCUGGCUAUCCCCUGAAGACAUGGUUGCUGACACCAUUUGCUCAGCCAUCCAACCAGCAGGAGCACCGGUACAAAUCCUCCCACUGCUCCACGAAGAAUGCUGUCGAGAGAUUUCAUAUUUACAAAAGCAUUAUUUUUUCAUACAGAUGUCUUCACAAAACAGAGAAGUGCAUUAAAAUCAUUGAAUGCUGCUUUAGGCUGCACAACAAGGCUAUUAGUGAGAGGGUCCCCCUGCAGGCAGGGAACAAUGCUGUGCCAGUGUACCACAACCAUGAUCUAUACAAUGGAAAUGACAAUGAUGGAUUUGCCUUGAGACAGAGAAUUGCUCAUCAUUUUCACGUGAUCAACAAAAUUACUUUCCCUGUAAACUUUUAA